UGCUGUGCCAAUGACAAGAGAAGGCAGCAGGGCAAAGAAAGCAAAUCCACAUCUAUAAAUAUUGACGUGAGAGUGAAUUAUUGAUAUAUAUUGUGAGAAAUGGUAGGACCAGUGAGGCCUCAAUUUGUGUUGUUUGGUUCAUCCAUAGUUGAGCUGAGUUAUAGUUGUGAAGGUUGGGGAGCUACCCUUGCCAACUUGUAUGCUCGCAAGGCAGAUGUAAUUUUGAGAGGAUAUUGCGGUUGGAAUACAAGACGUGCUCUGCAAGCUCUGGAUAAAAUAUUUCCCAAGGAUGCCACUGAUCAACCAUCGUUGGUAAUUGUGUACUUUGGUGGCAAUGAUUCUAUGCAUCCACAUCCAACAGCCCAUAGUCCUCAUGUACCUCUCCAAGAAUACAUUGAAAAUAUGAGGAAGAUUGCUAUCCAUCUAAUGGUAAACUUUUUACACAACAACACAAGUUUCCUUUCUUUUUCCACACAUCAGAGCCUUUCAAAGAAGACUCGCUUAAUAUUUCUCAGUUCCCCUCCCAUCAAUGAGGUGCAAAUGCAUGAAAUGCUCAGUGAUCUACUGGGGCCAUUAAAAAGGACAAAUGAAUCCUGUCGAUUAUACUCAGAAGCAUGUUUGGAGCUGUGCCGUGAGAUGAAUGUGAAAGCCAUUGAUCUCUGGUCUGCACUCCAGCAAAGGCAUGACUGGCUAGAUGUUUGCUUCACGGAUGGAAUUCAUUUGUCACAUGAGGGAAACAAAAUAGUGGCAAAAGAGAUAUUUAAGGUCCUCAGAGAAGCAGACUGGGAACCUAGUUUGCACUGGAACUCAAUGCCAACAGAGUUUGCAGAAGAUUUCCCUUUAUGAUCCAAAUUGUGCUGAUAGAAAGAGUAUUAUAAAUGUCUCUAACGGGAACUUCCAAGGAAAUUCUCAAUUGGAGUAGAAUUAUUCUGCAUUUUCAAGCAACAGAAAAACCCAUAAUUUGAAUCUUAAAGUGGAAUGGUUUUAUACUUUUUAUAGGUGCUUAAAGAAAUAUGUUGUUCUUAAAGCAUAUUGUAGCAUGUUAAAAGCACUUUUGAAAAUAGAAAUAAAAUCGCAUACGAAAAGAAACUACGACCGUUAGCUUCUGAAAAUCAUAUCUGACAUGAAAUUAAAUAGACUGUAAUAUGUAUAUUGUCAUUCAAGAUCGCUGAUAGGUAACGCUUUUUAUUUAUUACUGAUCCCAGGCCAUGCCUUAUUUUUAAUGGGAAAUAUGAAGUUUUAGAGAAAAGGCUUUGCAAUUUGUGCACAUGCAUUAAGGAGCUUCGCCAGCUUUCCAUUGGUGGCACAAAUAACUGCAUUGAAAAUGCGUACAAUUUCUUUAAUCUUUGCAAAAUAUAAAAGGAAACACAUUAAGCUGAAUGUGUAAAAUAAUUUGGCAAACUAUAUUUACCUAUGAACAACAAAUACAGAUAGCGCUACCAACAAAAUUCAAAUCAUUGUCGUUUCGUCGACUUUUAUGUUCACAAGAUUUUUUAAUCAAACUAAUCGCGUCAAUGUUUUUCUGACAAUGAACACUAUUAUGUCGACAGAAUUGUAGCUCGAGAUGCAUAUUUGAUACCU